AUGUUACCUCUGAAGGAGAUGUGGAUGGUGCUCAGCCUCCUCCUUCUCCUCCUCCUGCCCAACAUAACUGAAGGGCAGGGGGUGGUUUCGCCCCUGGAUAAGCCAUGUUCCCUGGUGAAAUGUGUAGCACCAGAAUCCGGAGGGGAGAUCUUUGAGCUGUUUCGUCUGUGCUUCCAUCCGCAGCAACCCCAGGCCAUAUGUUGCAUCUGCAUCCCCUUUGCCUUCCUGGGAGCUGUGCUCUGCUCCUCUCAGACGGGGUCCUUAUGCCAGCGCAAUCUCACCUCUACUGUUCCCACCGCAGCUUCGGAAGACGGCGAUGUCUCCUCUCACUACAUCCAAGACAUCAAUGUCAGUAAAGAAGCAGAACAGAAAGUUUCAACAUGCUGGAGUAUAAAGUGCUGGGAAUGCCGGUCAGACCAAGAUCCGAAGUGCGGAGACCCAUUUGAUAACACCUCGUAUCCCAUCACGGAUUGUGCUACAAAACCCCACAAGCCUCAUCUGCCUGAAAUCGCCUCCACAAUGUGCCGAAAAAUACGGCAAAAAGAGGAUGGUCGAUGGAGACAGGUGAUAAGACGCUGCGGCUCUGUCUCUGAAAUGGGAGUCACUGGAGUUUGCAACCAGGGAAUCGAUGAAAACAGUGUCUAUAGGGAGGAGUGCUAUUGCAGCACAGAUGGCUGCAAUGUGGCUUCUUCUUACCACUUGUCUGGAGCCCUGGCUCUUGCCUCUCUACUCUUCCUAGCCACCACCCCCUUUGCAUCACAUCAUUUUCUCCUGGCCUGGAGGGUUAAAUUCAUACUUAUCUCCUGGGAUCCUCCUGUGCUGAAGGCAUUGCUGCCGAUGGUGAUGCACCAUGAUGUGCCAUGGGCCCCUGAAUCUGAGGCAUCCCAAAUCCCACUUCACCAGCAGGCUGAAGGCGAUCAGGAGUCAGGAGAGUUA